AUGGAGGACGAUCGAGCUCAGGUUGAUCUGGGUGUUGCUGUGGACGUGGAAGAGAGAUUGGAAGAAGUUGCCGCACAAAGACAACCCAAGAAGCGCUUUGUGGGUAGAAGGGCAGCAGCGGCUUCCAGUUCUGAGACGAACGGGAACGUGGAGCACAAUGGUGCUAUUGAAGUAUCAAAACCAAGACGGUUACCUCGAACCCUGAACCAGGUCCCUCCUGAGAUACUCAACGAUCCGGACAUUAACGCCGCCAUUGCUCUCCUUCCCCCGAAUUACUCCUUCGAAAUACACAAGACUAUCCACCGAGUACGAGCAAAUGGUUCAAAGAAAGUGGCUCUGCAGAUGCCGGAAGGCCUUCUUCUCUUUGCGACAACUAUAUCAGACAUUCUCACACAAUUUUGCCCCGGUAUCGAGACGCUGAUAAUGGGUGACGUGACAUAUGGGGCAUGCUGCAUCGAUGACUAUACUGCAAGAGCUCUUGGAUGUGAUCUUCUGGUACAUUACGCUCAUUCGUGUUUGAUUCCAGUCGACGUCACGAAAAUCAAGACAUUAUACGUGUUCGUUGAUAUCAGCAUUGACACGACACAUCUGUUGUCUACAUUAGAGAAGAAUUUCCCUUCUGGGAAGACAAUAGCCAUGGUUGGGACAAUACAGUUCAAUGCUACACUACAUGGAGUUCGAGCGCCUUUAGAGAAAGCGGGCUACAAUAUUCUCAUUCCUCAGAUUUCCCCUCUAAGUAAAGGAGAAAUUCUUGGGUGCACAUCCCCCAGACUCGCAUCUACAGAUGGAGUGGAUAUCAUACUUUACCUUGGAGACGGGCGGUUUCAUCUGGAGAGCGCAAUGAUACAUAACCCUACGAUCCCAGCAUACCGUUAUGAUCCCUAUUCGAGAAAGCUCACGCGAGAGAGCUACGACCACAAAGAGAUGCACACCCUGAGGAGAGAAGCCAUCACCACUGCCAAGUCGGCGAAGAAAUGGGGACUGAUACUGGGCUCUCUCGGUCGUCAAGGGAAUCCACAUACAAUGUCAAUGAUCGAAAAGAAACUUGAAGAUCAAGAAAUUCCAUGUAUCAAUCUCCUGUUAAGCGAGAUCUUCCCCGGAAAGCUCGCGAUGAUGGAUGAUGUGGAAUGCUGGGUGCAGGUUGCAUGUCCAAGAUUGAGCAUUGAUUGGGGUUAUGCAUUCCCGAGACCGCUGUUGACGCCAUAUGAAGCUUUGAUUGUCUUGGGUGCAAAGGAGGAUUGGGCGAAAGAGAAUGACGAUGUGUACCCAAUGGACUAUUAUGGAAAAGAAGGGCUUGGAAGGACGAAAGGCACUAACUUGAUCGCAGCAAAAGGCUAA